CCUCUGCUGGUCCCAUCAACACCUGGGGCACGGCUCUUCCCUAGAGCUCUGUGAGGAGGGCAGCUCUUUGCUGGACCUAGGAAGGACUGAGCCAAAGGAGAAGAGCAGGGAGCAGUCAUGAACAUUGUCUUGGAUCUCCUCUGGCUUCUGAUCACCAUCAUUUACUCCUACUUGGAGUCCUUGGUGAAGGUUUUCAUUCCCCGGACAAGAAAAUCUGUGGCUGGGGAGAUCGUCCUCAUUACAGGAGCUGGGCAUGGAAUAGGCAGGCUGACUGCCUAUGAGUUUGCAAAACGGAAGAGCAGACUGGUUCUGUGGGAUAUUAACAAGCGCGGUGUUGAGGAAACCGCAGCUCAAUGCCGAAAACUGGGGGCCACGGCGCAUGCGUUCGAGGUGGACUGCGGCAACAGAGAAGAGAUUUACAACUCGGUAAACCAGGUAAAGAAAGAAGUGGGUGACGUAAGCAUCGUGGUGAACAAUGCUGGGGCAAUAUACCCAGCUGAUCUUCUUAGCACCACGGACGAAGAGAUUACCAAAACAUUUGAGGUCAACGUCCUAGGACAUUUUUGGAUCACAAAAGCACUUCUUCCAUCUAUGAUGAAGAGAAAUCAUGGCCACAUUGUCACAGUGGCUUCAGUGUGUGGCCACGGAGGGAUCCCUUACCUUAUUCCAUAUUGUUCCAGCAAAUUUGCUGCUGUUGGCUUCCACAGAACUCUGACGUUAGAACUUGAAGCCUUGGGAAAAACUGGCAUCAAAACCUCAUGUCUCUGUCCUGUUUUUGUGAAUACCGGGUUCACCAAAAACCCAAGCACAAGACUGUGGCCUGUAUUGGAGACAGAUGAAGUUGCAAGAAGCUUGAUAGAUGGAAUACUUACCAAUAAGAAAAUGAUUUUCGUUCCAUCUUAUCUCAGUAUCUCUCUAAUACUGGUGAGAUUUCUUCCUGAACGUGCCUUGGCGGCUCUAAAUCACAUACAGAAUGUUCAAUUUGAAGCAGUGGUUGGCCACAAAACCAAAAUGAAAUGAAUAAAUGAGCUCCAGCCAGAGAUGUGUGCACCUUAACAAUAUGAAUCUAAAUUUAGAGUCAAUGCUUCAAAGCUUUAGUUCAUGUUUUUCAAUGCUGUUAAUAUUGAAAACAUUGGGUUGGCAUUAAGAGCAACUAAUUACCUGUCUUUCCAUUUCUCAAAAAUAUUAAUGUAGUUUUAAUAGUAGAUCCAUUUUUCAUUCCAUGCCUCUUAAAAAUUUCUGUGCUUACAUAAAUAUACUUAAAAUGUCAUUUUUGAUUAA